CAGCCACAUACCAGUUGCCAAGAACUCGCUGGAAACAGGAAGUGAUGAAACACAGAGACACACACUUUCCCGCGGACUCUUCACUGUGGUUCAACACCGUGGUGAGAAGAGUGCGUUUCCGUGUGUGAGCGGAUCAUCCUGCUGAAGCUAACCGAAGCUGCCAAACUAUUGGUAUCUGAUAUCAGCAUUAGCAUUAGCCUGAGCCCCUCUGUCACAGGACGAAGAAGAGAAGUGAAAGAUGCGGAACCGACAGAGGGGGUCCCACCUGGGGUUGUUGCUCCUGGCCUCCCAGGUGUUUCAGGUGGGUCUGGACAAGAUCCCACCCAUCACCCUGGGUGUUCUGGCUCUCAACGUGUACCUGUUCCUGUUCCCCGCAGCUCCUCUGAUGCAGACCUGUGUGAGUGUGCAGCAGGCGUACUGGUUGAAGGACUGGCGUCGUCUUCUGCUAUCGCCGCUGCACCACGUGGAUGAUUGGCAUCUCUACUUCAACAUGGCGUCGUUCCUCUGGAAAGGGAUAAGGUUGGAGCAGCGGCUGGGCGGAGCCUGGUUCCUUUACCUGCUGUCAGUCUUCUCUCUGCUCACUGGAUUUGUCUAUUUGGUGUUGGAAGCAGCGUUAACAGAGCUCACCCAGGACCAGUCGUACAGCAUGACCUGUGCCGUUGGUUUCUCAGGGGUCCUGUUCGCUCUGAAGGUGCUCUGUAACCAUUACCACCCUGGAGGUGUGACCCAUGUGAUGGGUAUCCCUGUGGCAAACCGCUAUGCUAGCUGGGUAGAGCUAGUGAUAAUCCACAUGACAUCCCCUGGGACCUCAUUCGUUGGUCACCUGUCAGGUAUCCUGGUGGGUCUGCUCUACACCUCUGGACCACUGAAGACCAUCAUGAUGAAAUGUGCAGAGUUUGUGACAGUAAGUGGACAUGACUCCAGGCCCAGUGGACACUACAACUCUUCAGGCUCCUCAGGCUAUAGUGGCACUGAUGGCGGAUACUCAGGAUAUCGUCAGCAUUCACCAGAUGACACAUCAACUCAUCAAGCGUCUUAUAUGGGUGGACUGACGGAGGAAGAGCAGUUAGAGGCGGCGAUCAGGAACAGUCUGAAUGACAGAGGUACAAGAGGAGAAAACAGCCAGAGAGGAGCUCCUCCUCCGUAUGGAUUCAACGUCUCGGACGAGGCGGAGGAAAUCAGACGGUUGAGGCUGAGGAGGUUUGACAGAUGAAGUUUCAGGCAGCAGAGGGGAAGAACGUUUUGGUGACGAGGCAAUAGAGGAAUUCCCUCCUGAAGUCCAAUUCUCUGCUUCUACAGGCUGAGCAAGAGCAGCAUGAAUGUGAAGGUGUAACCACACAGGAAGAUACGUUGAAGAGCGCUUUUCACUGUGGUCCUUUGCAUUAAAACGGCUGAGUCACAUUUGCUAUGGAAAGCUA